GUGUGUUUUGACCAAGAUGGCGGCUUCACCUACGAUUUUUCAACGUUUCACUUUUAGGUGUUUUAUUUUAAAGUGAUGUAUUUUGUGCUCAAUUGAAAGAACAUAAAUCAAAUAUAGAUACAGCUUCUGAUAUUUCUCCUUCACAAAAUGUCUGUUAUUCUUGAAACAACGCUGGGAGAUAUUGUCAUCGACCUGUUUACUAACGAGAGACCCCGAGGUAGGAAGACGCUUUCAAGUGUUUUUGUUGUUGUAGUAGUAGUUGUUGUUGUUAGGUGAUCGUUUAGCCCCUGAAAGUGCUUUUUAAACUACUUAAGUGUGUAUAUCUUUGUUUGGUUGUUCCAAAUACCUAUCAGGUUUGAGCUUUAUUCGGCGACGUCGGUAGCUAGCGUUUAAGGUCUUAUUUCAAUAGUUUGAUGUAAAAACCUUGUUGUUUCCACAGCUUGCCUCAACUUCUUAAAACUAUGCAAAAUAAAGUAUUAUAACUACUGCUUGUUUCAUUCUGUACAGGUGAGUGAAUAUUAUUCUACAAACCUUAAUGUAUAUUCAAGCUUGCUUAUUGAUUUUCUGAUCACAUAUUUAUUUAUCGUGGCAGUCGAGAGACUAUACAGGAAAUUUUCCAAAAUUUCCUUUAUCAACAAAUUGUUCAACUUUGUCUUUGACACUUUUCAGGCUUAGAGUUAACUGUGAAAUGGAACACGUUAUUUUUUGUUUCCUUAUGUUUGCUAUACAAAAUAUAAUGGUCCCUCGUGCUAUAAACUGUUCGUCUGUUUGUUUUUUUUUUCUUGACACUUAUAGCAAAACUUUCUAGCUCAGACUGGAGAUCCUACCGGCCGAGGCACUGGAGGAGAGUCUGUUUUCAGGUACUGAAAACCAACAUAACACACAGUGAAGUAAAGGGAUAAAAUUAACAGAUGGGUUGGAAACUGUAUGCAGAGUCUUUCUCAAGUAUGCCAAAAGAAAGGCAUGGCUCUGCUGGCAGGGUGACCUGACCCCUUCUCCUGGGGUGGAUCUAGCAGGGGGGGCUCGGGGGCUUCGAUCGAACCCCUUAAGAUAAAACAGCUAACAUCAAAAACUUGUAAACAUAUCAAAGUGGUGCAACCUGUUGGGCUUCUGUGUUUUAAUUACGAGUAGUCCCAUGCGCAAGGAACAUCUGGAAGAUGGGUUAAGCUUGCAUGACUGCUCUGGGCUGGUAAGCUCUAGCCACAGCUUGCAGAAAGGGCAAGCUAAUAUUGUUUUAAUUUUCAUCCCACUCUGCCAGAAUUCAUGACUUACGCCAUUUUUUUUCAUAGUGUUUUAUAACUUUGCAACCGUGGCAUGACUGGUUAAUUACGUUAUGGCAAGUCAUGUCUUCUAAAUUGCCUCCUCAAGUUACUUUACUGUUAAACAAUGAAUAAUUCAUUGAUAAUCUUAAUUCAUUAAUUCAUUAGUUCAUUUAUUGUGCUAGGUUUCUUUAUGGAGAUCAAGCUAAAUACUUUGAUGCUGAGAUCAAGCCUCGGAUCAAACAUAAGAAGAAAGGAACUGUUUCUAUGGCAAACAAUGGAGACAACUUACAUGGUUCUCAAGUGAGAUAUGACCUAGCUUAGCUCAUUUUUUACCUGCACAGGAAAUUUCCAGAAUUUAGGAAAAGUGAAAUGUCGUUAUUUUCUAUAUUUAUUUUAUAUACAUGUACUCAUGCAUGGUUUAGACACUGAACUAUUCAUGAGCUAAACCAGAAACUUUGAAUUAACAUUGAAUUGAAUUUAUUAUGAAAAGUUUAGCAUCUGAGUUUAUAGUAUAAGUAAGAAUGGUUCUUUCAGCUACUUUGUAACAGCUGCGAUUCACACACCAAGUUUACACUAAAUGUACUUGUCAUGUGCUGAAACUAACAUAAGUUGUUAAGUUCAACUAAUUAGGUUCUGUGUUUGAAUCAAUAGAGUGACAUACACUUGUUGAUUUAUGUCUGCCUAAAUUCAAUAAAUUUUGGUGCAUGAAAAGUUUGACAUCUAAAACUAGUCUUCCUUCUCAAAUAUAUAAAGAUGAUGUUCAGUGAUUCUUUUACCUGAACUAGAACUCUUGGCCAAAAACGAUAAAUAUGAAGGUACCGGUAAUUUGUUUAACACCUUUACAACCAGAGCUUGUUACAUGUAGCUCUCAUCUUCUGGUCAUCUGCACUAUUGUUGUUCAUCUAUUGCUUAUAUUAGUCAAGUAGCACACAAUUUAAACAUUAAUAUUUGAAAAUAUGUUUCAGUUUUUUAUUACCCUUGGUGAUGAUCUGGAUUACCUUGAUGGUGUUCACACUGUGUUUGCUGAAGUUGUUGAAGGAUUUGAAGUCCUGGAUAAACUGAGUGAUGCUAUCUGUGAUGAUGAGCACAGACCUUACCAAGAUAUCAGGUAGCAGUACUUUACACCAACUACCAAUACAGCACACAGCUGGUGAUCAGAUCCUUUUUAAUUUAUUGGAAUAUAAGGAGAAGAAUACAAAUACCCCCACCCGACCUUCUUGUAUACUGUACCAUAACUGUCACAUUAAGUAACCAUGCUAUGUAUCCCUGAGGGAGGAUGAAUCCCAUAUAGAAGAGACAAGGGUGCUUGUCAUUGGAGAAUACAAUGAAAAGCCCUAAAUGAGACCAUUGUGGGGACAUGGCUCUACAGGUUUUAAUUGACCCCUAAAGGAGGACAUGCUAAUGAAACAAUAAAGUAAUUUUUCUUUGUUGGCAUUAACUACAUAGUUUACUUGUUGUUUAGUGUCCUUAAAUGGAAAAUGUGAUCAGUUGUUCUAAAACCUUCAAUGAAGACAAUUUGAGAUGAAUGUAUUAAGUUAUUUUCUUGAACAAAAUUGCUUAAUCCUUUAUUCAGUAAAAAAAGAGAAAAGCUUCCCUAGACAGCUGGUGAUGCAGCAUCUGUAGUAAUAGAAUGAUCAGACAGUUUUGUCAACCUAAUUUUAAUAUAGGGCUAAUCAAGCCACAUAACUAAGCAUCUGGACAAUUUCCAGUUUUCAGUAUAUUCAUUUCUUUUGUUCUACAGGAUAAACCACACUGUGAUCUUGGACGACCCAUAUGAUGAUCCCAAAGGUCUGGUGAUACCUGAUCGGUCACCAGAACCAACCAAGGAACAACUUGAUGUAAGUUGGUUGUCCCCUUAAUCAUUGUCACUUUAAAUACAACAAAGAUCACCAUGAUUUCAAUACAAACUGUAUGACUUUGUAAAGAUAGGAAAACUUGUUUGAAAAAUACCUAACAGACAAAGUUAUGCCACUCUCAUAAUUAAAACUGGAGGGCGUGAUAAUGAAUUAUUUUGAUAUUGCUGAAAAGGUGAAGUUAAAGGUCGUUACAAUGAAUUUUACAUCAGUAACCCAUAAUAGUAGUUACACUGAUUAACCUGAGGCGCUGUACACAUUUUACCCCCUGUAUCUGUCAGUGCUCGGUGUUAUGGGUGUUUAAAGGUACUUAAAUGCACGCAGAAAUGAAAAAAGUGGAAACAAGGAUUUCAGGUCACACCUGAGCAUUGAAGUCAGAACCUCCCACACAGAAGUCUGUACACUAACCGACUGUGCUAAUACAUGUCCCUCCUACUGGUUUAACCUGAUCCCAGAUUCUACCUCAACAUUGGAAACUGAUGUCUUGCCAUGUUGAUUAAUGUUGAUUUUUUCAGAGUGGUCGUAUUGGUGCUGAUGAGGAAAUUGAUGAUACCAAGGGCAAAACAAUGGAAGAAAUAGAUGAAAUGAUUGAAGAAAGAGAGCUCAAAGCUGGAACACAGAUUCUUGAAAUGGUAAUUUAGAAAAUAUUUCAGUUACAGAAUUAAAACCUUGAUAUGGAUCGAGCUACAUUGUAUUUCAUUUUACUCAACACUUAAUGCCUAAUACCUAACUGGGGCCUGUUUCUCGAAAGUCCCGAUAAGUGUUCGGGCCCAGAAAGCUGUUUCGUGUUUGUCUUGUUUGCAUUCAAGAUCAAGGUUCCAAUAAUUUUGAAAAUUAUAUAAUAAAAAUAUCAGUUAACAAAGCAAAAUUGACUGGUUUUUGAACUAGGAACUGUGCUACUAUUUAAGAGGUUUUGACUUCAAAAUUUUCCUUUGGGGCUGAAAAGUUUGCGGGCCUUUCAAGAAACGGGCCCCUGGUCUGCCUGCCUUGAGAGAGUUACUUGUAACUUCACACAAUUAUAUGAAAUUAUAAAAUACUCUACAUGUAGGUGGCUAAAAACUUUUUUUUCUUAUUUUGAAAUAAUCUUUCUCUACGAUUGUACAGCCCAGAGCAAUAGUAACAGAUUUUCCCAGUUCACCAUCCUUCAUCUCACUGCUGUUUACCAAAUGUGAUAACUAAAAAGACAUAGUGGUUGCACACCAAUAAUAUUAUAAAGCCAGCAGUGAACCUUAUCACUGUUUAUGGUGAUGGUGGCAACCAAGAUCAACGUAGCCAUCAGGUGUGUUCAAGGGUAAAAACACCUUGAGCAUGUAUUAAUGCUACAACAAUGCUGUCUCCAGUGCUCAAACAUCAAUUGCUCAUCGUGCAAGCAUUGUCUGAGCCAUUUUUGAAAGACUACAAGCUCAAGAUCAAUUUAAAAUCUGAACAUUUUACUUAAACAAAAAAUAAUCAACACUUGCCUCAGACUCAGUUUAUGUUGUUGAAUAUUUAUGUUUAACUAAAAUAAUUAUUAUAAUUGUAGUUAAACAUUUUACACUGAGAGCUCACAAUAAGACUCAUCCUGUAUUUGAAAGUGCACAGGAUAAAAUACUUCAGAAUUAUAAAAUAUUACCUUAUUUUCACUUUAUGCAUGUAUACUUUAUGCAGUCUUAGUAUUUUUUUAAAAAUAUUUUCAUUUUUAAGCGCUGAUGAAAAUAGCAAAAUUGAUAUUGGCGCUAUAUAAGUAUUAUUAUUAUUAUUAUCAUUAAUCAUGAGCCAUAUUUUGUGUGCAUUUAAUUUGACAAUAGGGAAACAUAGAAUUGGAGACUGUAAUAUUAAAUUUCACGAUUUUUCCAUUCUUUAAUAUGUAAAGGUAACUUUGACCUUAGAAGACUAACAAUGGAAUCAAUAAUUUUAUCGUAAUCAACAGCAAACAAAGACAAUAGCCCACAUUCAAUAUAUUAAAAUUCUAACACGACUCCGAGGCUUUCCGGUUGUUAUUUUUAUAUUUGGUUUGGUUUUCUUUGUGCUCAAGUCUCUUCUGGGAAUUGCGAGACACUGGAGUCAAGAAAAAUUUGCAAUUUUGUCCCUAAUGCCUCGGAGUCAUCAUGAUGUUAGAAUUUUAAUACAUUGAACGUGAGCUAUUGAAAAUGAAUUAAUAAACAAUCUAAAUAUAACAUUGCAUGAGCUUUUCAAAAGUCUAAGUGAGUACUGCAAAUAGUUAUAUAUAGUAAAUAUUUACACUCAGAUAAGUUUGUUCUUAUAAUAAUUUAUGUCAAAUUUGACAUGAAGGUCCUUAUUCUGUCCAUAUUUUACCUCUACGUCACUUAUACUUAAUCUAUAUCUGGUAUUAAAUUUUAAUCUUCACACGUAUUGGACUUUGCAAGUAUUGCAUUUCACAAUUUUUCCCAAAAUCAUGAAAAUCGCAAAAUUUUAUACUCAUGAAAUUUAGAAUAAGGUAACCACUCCUUGGCAACCAGAAAUUAUUGUAAUUAACAGGAAAAAGGGGGAAAUAUGAGGAGAGAGACCAUUUCUCUUGCCCUCAUACAUGUAUCUUUCCCCCUUUUAUGCCUGUCACUUUAUUUGCCUACAGGUAGUCAUUAAUGAGACAAAACAUAUGUCUUAUGAACUACUGUAACUGAAAUGAUCAGGGUUUUCAAUAAGAGGUGGUGGCCUGUGAAAUUCGGCAGCUAUUUCACCUGAACUCGCUGCCUACUUUUCAUUGAAAAUUGCCCUAGUUUAAAAAGAGUAUUCAUAUGCUGUCACUGAAUAAAAGCCAGAAUUUGAUGAUGUCUGUGUUCUGUUCAAACACUCUAACUUUUGCUCCAGAAUGCUGGAAAUGCACUCUAAGAGGCCCAGAUUUCACAACUUUUCCAGAAUCUCACCUGCACCUUUGCCGCAAGUUUUUUCCUUCUCCACCUACUCCAAAGCUUUUGCCAUCUACUUAAAAUCUUAUUGAAAACCCUGCAUGUUUUUUUAAGAGAAAGUUCAUUCUUGUAACAUAAUUUUCAUUGACUGUCAUCAUGGCUUCAGGUUGGUGAUAUUCCAGAUGCUGACAUUAAACCUCCUGACAAUGUUCUAUUUGUCUGUAAACUUAACCCUGUCACUCAAGAUGAAGAUUUAGAGAUAAUAUUUGGCAGAUUUGGACCCAUUAAAAGGUAAAACCUCUCCUUUCUGUUUUUGUAUCAUACACUACCAUAAUGUUAUAGGCCCUUUGCAGUAAGGGUCACAUAACCUUUCUCAUGCCAAAAUAUGGAAUACAACCUUAAAAAUACCAGAGAUUGAAAAGCAUAAAACAAAAGUGAGUCUGGCAAUAUUAUUUUUUAAAGUUUUAAAUUCUUAACAGUGCUAUUUUAUUAUGGCUACAGUGAACAAUGGAGAAUUUACUAUAUCACAUGUAUCAAUGGAAAAGGUGCUGGACGGCAAGCCUUGUGGUUCAGCAAUUUUUUUUCCACUAAGACCCUUAUUACCCAAAAUUGGCUUUUUUUAGUUAAUUUUCUCAUGUUCUUUUCUUCUCUGGUCUUUUUAGGGUGUAUACCAUAAGACUCAUGAGACUUGCAAAGGUGUUUUCUAAAGUUUUGAUAAAGACCAGUAAUAAGCGAAUAUCCAGUCACUCAACUACAAACACCACUUAACAAAAAAUUAAAUUAAAUGCUCUAUCUUUGCAUUGGUGACGAGAUAAAAUUGAUAUUUUUACCUUAUCAGAAAUUUGUUUGGUGGGUGGCACAAAGGUACCCCCACCUUACAAUUGUCUGUAAAAUUUACUAAUUCUUGAUCCCAGUCAAAAGUUGAAAAAUUGAGCAUGCGGGGGUUUAUUUUUGCAUUAAGCAGGUCAGGAGACAGAAGUGCAACCAGUCUGUUUUUUAAAAAAAGUUUCACACGCCCCCAACAAUAAUCUUUAACCUUUAAUCAAGGUAAUUGCCAAUAGCACUUAUGCUAAUCCGGUAUUUGUAGUGUAGCAUUGACUUGAUUAGAAACUUUUUGUUUAUAAAACUUUACAUGAAACAGGUACUUAUUCUAAGGCAUUUUCAUUUUGUUUUGUUUUACUUAAGAAGUUGCAACAACUGUGUUUGUUGAUAAGACAUUUAAAAACUUGGCAAAUUGCCCAAAUUUCUAAGUUAACAGCAGAGCUGACAUAUAGUCAAUAGGGCAUGCGAUUACUGCACAAGCAUAGCUGAUCUCAAGAGAUUACUCAAAAUCAACUGUAUUUGCUGUAUUUUUUGUAGCUGUGAAGUUAUAAGAGACCAGAAGUCUGGGGAGUCACUGCAGUAUGCUUUCAUUGAGUUUGAGAAUGUAAGUUCAGUUUCCCUUUGCUUCCUCCUUGUAUUUUCCUCCAUUUCAUAAAAGGUGGUAAUUUAUGGCCAGGAGAUUUGCCCUGAUCAAGGACAGGCAUAGGCUCAGCCUUGUCUCUGGGUGGGGAGUACUGCAGGUGCAUCAAGACACCCACGGCUUGAGGAGACUGAGCCUUGUACAGGCGUGGAGACAUCAGGUUUUCUUGGUGGCGGUUGAUUAAGCUAAUCAAGUCAGUUUGUGGAACAAAAUUUGUAUGUUCCAGUUUGUUGCAAGUUUCCCUGGAAGAUUGCGUAUUAAAGUUAGGCCCCUCUUCUAUGGAGAAAAGUUGUCCAGGGAAAGAGAUCACCCUUCCAGUCAACUCAACUUUAACGAGCGUUUAUAUGAGAAACCGUUUGUCCUCUUUGCCCGAUCCAAGAGCUGUUAACAGCGCCCGCGCAUGCCCUAAUUGUUUUGCCUUGACCGAGUUGACCCGUUAGGAGAGCUGAAGUGUUUUAUGGAGAAAAGUUGGUCCAGCUAGUAGGGUGACCCUACCAUCAUCAAAGUGUGACCCGACUAGGUAGAUCACACCACUAGCCGAGCCAACGUUUUGUUUCUCGUCUAAAUGGUUCGUCAAGUUUUAUAAGGAAAUAUAUCAAAAGUUGGCUCGGUAGUUCGGGUAGGCAGGUGACUCUUCCACCCGGGACAAGUUUUCUCAAUAUAAGGGUUGCGUUACUAGCAAAGCAAAACCGACUGAUCAUAAUCCUUACUUUAGUUCGAAUUAUGACUGACAGUUGAGUGAAUUUUCGAUUCCACCUCUUUACAGAGAAAAACGUUGUUACCAACAAUCUGAGAUCGAUAAAGAGCAACUUUCUUGCCUUUUUGCUGUCUGUUUUUUAGGUUGAAGACUGUGAACGUGCUUACUUUAAAAUGGACAAUGUGCUGAUCGACGACCGGCGAAUUCAUGUUGAUUUUUCCCAGUCUGUAGCAAAAGUCAAGUUUCAGAAGCAGGGUAAUACAAUGUGCAUUGGGCAAAGAAAAACAAGAACCAUUUUUUGUUAAUGAUUAAUUAAUCCUUUUCAAUUUGUUUCACAAAAUACUCGGAAAAAUACAGAAUGAACCUUUCUAAUCACUUUUUUUAAUUUUUUUCCUUUCAACAUUUCUUAAUAUUAGCAUUAAUUUUCUACGACAUAUUCCUUUCCUAGAUUAUGUAAAUGAAAAAGAAUUUAGUUUUAGGUGCAGUUUCUUGUAGCUUAAGAAUUGUCUAGUGUUUGAAAAGGUAAAAUCAAUUUUAUCUCGUCGUCAAUGCAAAGAUGGAGCACUUAAGAAUAACGUAACUUAUUUGAGUGCCAAUGUAUUUAGCACGAAAGUAAUUAUUGAGGAUUUUUGUCUCCAACUGGAGACGAGACUGCAUGUACUGCCCUGUACUCGAGCCACUCGAAGGUCUAGCUAUGUGCGGUACAAAUUACUUUGAUUUCUCGCUGAUGCUUAGCAAUGAAACUAUUUUCGUCUUGCUUUCUUGCUUAUUUCGAGCGAACUCGAACUCCAUUAACUAGCUUCACCCAUUCCUUCCGGUUUCUCAUGAUGCUCUUCAGUUCAGCAAUGCUCAAACCAGUAUCAUUUCGCAGCUGGUCUACAUAUGUUAAUGCUGGUCUUCCUCUCUUUCUUGCGCCGUGCUUUGGUUCCCAGAGUAGUAGAUCACUUAUCACCUCAUCCUUUUUUCUCCAACAGUGUCCUAUAAACUGCAGCCUAGUUGGUUUCUUAUUUUCGUUGAAAAUAAUUAUUUCAAGCUUAUAUUGAUCACUCUUAGGGCUAUUUCGUUGAUAAAAUAUAUAUAUAUAUUUUUUGACACAGGGGCAAAACCAGUCUUCCCAGCCAAGGAUGAUAAAGACAAACCUAAAUUUGCUUUAAAACAAAGCAAAGAAAGCAGCAAGUAUCCUUUAUAAGCUUGCUUUCUGAAAGCAAUUGAGUUAUUGUCUGUCUAGGCCCCUUUUGUUGUCAGUUAUUUGUUUUUGUUUGUUGUUACGUUUGUUUACCAACGAAUUGCACACAUUAGAGAGCACAACUACAAUCAAUCUUCAUGUUUUUGGCGAUUAGGAAUUUUCACACCUAAAGGGUAACUACCGAAAAAUACUUUUUGCUUCAGUUAAAUUUGAGUUUGGGGAAGAGUAGGUCGGCAGCUUCCCAGAAUCUUACCCUGAUCCGCUCAAUCCGCACAAGGAACAGACACAUGACACUCGUUUUUUCCGCCAAUGUGGGAUGAUGCGCAAGCACUAUCGCCAAAGUUUGAUUAUUCUGCGCAUGCGUUUGUCACGUUGUGCUCCUACUUCUAAUAAGUGGGGACUCUUUUGUAUUAAUGCUUGUGUCGCUGUCGUGUAGCAGGUUUCCAGUGACAUUCAAUUUUGUCCAAACGUUUUAGUCAGUGACCCAAAUUAUGUUUUGUGACCAUUUUAUCAGUUCUUUCACAUGCAUUCUCGCUUCCAGUGAUGCGAUCCUUUUGGUCAGCGUCGGGAAAGGUUUGCAGCUCUGGGAACAAUAUAUUUUACAUGGUCCUUUUUGUCUUGCAGUAUGCAAAAUGAAACUCGGAGAUUUUCUCUAAUUUAGAUUUAGCAGUCCUAGGUAUGAAUGUGUUAAUUUCUUGACUCCUGCCAAGUUACGAUUUAGUAUUUGAUGAUGAUCGAUACGAUGGAGGAAAAUCUGCGGAAAAGAGAAAGAAACGUAAAGACUACAGUGAUGAUGAAGACAGGAAGUCAGGGAGCGAAGCAAAGCGCGGUGAAUCAAGGAGACGGGAAAAUAGAGGGGAGGAGAAGGAUAGAAGAAGAGAAAGAAGAACAAGUUUUAGCAGCAGUGAUGAGGAGGGAAGAGAAAAAAGGAAAAUAGAGAAACGGAAAAGGCGAAGAAGUCCAGGAAACAGUGACGAGAACAGAAGGGAAAAAAGAAAGAAAGAAAAUCGGGAGAGACAUAGAAGUAAUAGUAGCAGCGAUGGCGAAAGAAGGGAGAAACGAAAAAGAGAAAAUCGUGAGAGACGUAGAGAAGCAAGUAGCAGUGAAGGCGACGGAAGAAUAGAAAGAAAAAAGAACUCACAGGCAGGAGAUUACUCUAGAAGUCACAAGGUACGUUUUUAAACAAGCUUUUUUAACGUAAAGGAGCGGGCAGUAGUUCUUCACGCUAUUUUACAUAUCCGGUUUUGCUAGAUGCGGAGGUAUAGAAAGUGGUGAGAAAAAAGGUUACGCAACAGAGAAGACACUCAAGAUAUUUCUUUGAACCCUUUUCAGCAUCGGCCAUAUUUUUUUUUCCACGAAUUGAAUAGAUUUCUUUGUUCUUCUUUUUUAUGGUUACGGGAGAACAGACUAUUCAUCGCCAGUAAGAAGCUCGUGUCCUGUCAGAGGCCUGUUUUUCCUUUUUGAAACCUGAGGGGCCUUUUUUGUUUGACGUUGCUUUUUUCAUUUACAAUAUGAUACUGUUUUUAACACUAUUUCAGGACAAUCGAGGAAAGUAUCCAUCAGAAUCUGCAACCAGAGAUAGGAGAGAAAGGUAACUUGGGCAGCCAUUUUUAAUGAGCAGCCAAUGAAUGAUUGAAUUUUUCUCUCUCAUUCUCAGUUAUGAAGUUACCACCAGGGCCGAGUUGUUCAAAGCUGGGUUAAGAUAACCGAGGGUUAGUGCGAGAUUUUAAUUCAGAUUUGAAAGCUUAAAAAGCAUUUCAGUUUUAAUUCUUUUUGUCUACAAGUUGAUGAUUGAAAGCUCUAAAUAUAACAGAGAAAAUUAUCCGAGAAAAUGCUUUUGAACACAGGAAAGAGAAACCCGGGUUAAAUUUAACCCCGGGUUGAGCGCUAAUCGGCCUUCGAACAACUGGGCCCAGAACAUUGUAGUCAUCUCAUUGUAUAAGAGGCCAUUUGCCAUUUUAGAAACUAAACGGAAACUGGGACAAGUUAACUUUUGCAAAGACUUCUGGGACUGUUACUAGAGACAGAGAAAAAAAAAAUGGCCAAUGGCGCGUCCCCAGUAACGAUCCCAGAGGUCUUUGCGCGUCUAACUUGGCCCAGGUUCUUUCUUAAUUCUAAAGUAGCGAAUGAGUAAGACCGUCUAUUAACUUGUUUUAGCAGUUCUAGCACCAGCAUUGGGUAUGUUCCUGUACCUGUAGGCAAACAUAAAAAAAACUGCCGUACUGAAAUUAUUGUGAUUAUUAUUAUUGUUAUCAUCAUUAUUAUUAUUAUUAUUAUUAUUAUUAUUAUUAUUAUUAUUAUUAUUAUAUUGUUGUCAUCAUCAUUAUCAUCAUCAUCAUCAUUAGUGUUAGUAAACAGUAUUACCUUAAAGUUAUACUGACACAUCUGAUCCACAACGGAAAGCCCUCUUUAUACCUUUGUCUUUAGAAAGAAAAUGCUGCAACAGUUUUAGUAGUAUUAAAUUAUUAAUUUACUGUCACUGUAAUAGGGACUACUCGCCCAGGAGGAAAGAGAAACAUUCACCGCACGACCACGUGAAACAUUCUGGAGGCCACAAAAGCAAGCAGUCUUCACAUGAUCAUAAGCGUCAUUCAAGCCAUAGAUAUUAGGUGGUACGUCAAAAGCCUACAAAUAACCAUUUUGAAAAAUCAGAACGCAGUGGUGUCACUUGUAAAGCGACAAUUUUUAGCGUGUUUAAAACUGACCUACAGCACAGCCGUUGGCUGUCAAACAACCCCUUAGCCCGUGAGUAACAGGAAGGAAACGUCAGCGAAAACAUUUUUAAAAUUCAUCAGAUGUAUGAAGCAAAGCGAGGAAACAAGGUCAACCAGUGGCGAAGCUAUGUUUUAACACACUUCUAAUGGAUCGUGGAAAAGCAGUAAUCACACCUACAUUUCCAUCUACAAGGGACAUGCGCAAGUUUCAACACACAACUCCGCAGUUUUAAGUGGAUUCCGCGUUAUGGCCAGUGGUGCAGACAUGCGCACAGCCAUAUCACGUCGUUUGUGACAGCCGGCGUGGAUAGCUGUUUCUUAAAAGUCAACCAAUCUUUAUGGAAAAGCUCGUACAGGCCACUGAGGGUCAUGAUUGAUAAAAAGUCCAGG